CAUCACUACACUACUGUCUAUUUAUUUGCCCCCCACACCCACAUGCCCAAAACUUUAAUAAGCAAAACCAUUCCUUAGCCUUGGAGUCCCCAAAGCCCUGUCAGAAUCAUCAAAACCAUCAAAGAAUGGAAGAAUAGAAAUUGCUAUGUGAAGCUGUUUGUUUGGAGAAAUUCAACAAAGAAGAAAGAAGAAGAAAGAGAAUUGAUCCUUCUUGGUUUGGCCGAAUGGUGUCUGCUCAGCUCAAGGCAUUGGAAAUGGUGAGGUCACAGUGAGGAUUUAGAAGAAAGGAGAGGAGACGACCCCAGUUGGUUCUUUUCUUCUGGGUCUGCUUAACAUGGUCAGAGUGUGCCAUUCGAGUUCUAGAAAAUCUAGGAAGAUCAACAUUAACAAAUGUUGGUGUUGGCCUCCUCCUCCUUGUUCUUGUUCUUGUUCUCAUGCAACAGAGAUUUUCUUAUUAGCAGCAAGGAAAACGACACGCAGAAGAAAUUUCUCAGAUAUGGCUUUUCCCACUUCCUCUUCUUCUUCCAAUCCUAGUCCUAGAUGCUAUGCUGAUGACAAGAUCUCAUCGCGUUCGUCAUCAUCGUCGUUCUCAAUCAUUCCCAUUUUCGUCUGGUUCCUACUUGUCUCUUCCUCGGCCGUUCAUCCUGCCUACGCCACGGAAACCGCUGGUUUCCGGGCCGAGAACCAGACAUUCCGGCCAGGGGAAGAGCUCCAGAAGCUCAAGUACAUCCGGGCCCGCCUCAGCAAGAUCAACAAGCCUCCUGUCAAGACAAUCCAGAGUCCCGACGGGGAUGUCAUAGACUGCGUUUUAUUACACCAGCAGCCGGCUUUCGAUCAUCCUCAGUUGAAAGGGAAGAAGCCAUUGGACCCGCCCGAGAGGCCGAAAGGGCACAGUCAUCACAGAAUGAUCACAGAGAAUUUUCAGCUGUGGAGCGCGUCGGGCGAGUCGUGCCCCGAGGGGACGAUCCCAAUCCGGAGAACGACCGAACAGGACAUGCUGAGGGCUAGCUCGGUCAGGAAAUUCGGCCGGAAAGUUGCAAGACACGUUCGAAGGGACACUUCUAGCAACGGCCACGAGCAUGCAGUCGGGUAUGUGAGCGGAGACCAGUACUACGGCGCGAAGGCAAGCAUAAACGUGUGGGCCCCCCGGGUCUCGAACCAGUACGAGUUCAGCCUGUCGCAGAUGUGGGUCAUCUCGGGCUCGUUUGGCGACGACCUCAAUACCAUCGAGGCCGGGUGGCAGGUUAGUCCGGAACUAUACGGGGACAGCUAUCCGAGAUUCUUCACUUACUGGACGACGGAUGCAUACCAGACGACGGGAUGCUAUAACCUGUUAUGCUCGGGUUUCGUUCAGACAAACAGCCGGAUAGCCAUCGGAGCGGCUAUCUCCCCGACAUCUUCCUACAAUGGAGGACAAUUCGACAUCAGCAUAUUGGUUUGGAAGGAUCCAAAGCAUGGGAACUGGUGGCUCGAAUUUGGAUCCGGCAUCCUCGUCGGAUACUGGCCCUCAUUCCUCUUCACCCACCUUAGGGACCACGCGAGCAUGGUGCAGUUCGGCGGCGAGGUCGUGAACUCCCGGUCAUCCAGCUCUCACACAUCGACCCAGAUGGGCAGCGGCCAUUUCGCGGGCGAAGGUUUUGGGAAGGCUUCCUACUUCCGGAACCUGCAGAUUGUCGACUGGGACAACAACCUGAUCCCAUUGCCGAACCUCCGGGUCCUAGCGGAUCACCCGAACUGCUACGACAUACAAGGAGGGAUCAACCGGGUCUGGGGAAAUUACUUCUACUACGGAGGGCCGGGGCGAAACGUAAGGUGUCCUUAAAAAUUAGGGUCGACGCGUACGUACAGGAUGAAAAUUAAAUUCUUUGGUUUUCCAGUAAUUUCUCAUGAAUUUUUUUCCCUCAAAAUGUAUAAGUUUUAUUCCUUUUGUAAAUUUUUUUUCCCUUAAUCUUAUUGGUGGUUUGGGCUUCGUCUCGAGAUCUUUUAAAUGAUCAAAGUGUGGGAUUUUACUCUUUUUUAUUUUUAGCUAAUUGGUGUUAAAUUACACCACCUUUCUAGGGUCUAAUGUAUAUUUUUUUGGGGGGAGGAAAUUAAAAUGAAUUAAUAGUGAAUAUAUUCUACCGUU